AUGCCGCGAGAGAUCAUCACCCUCCAAGCCGGCCAAUGCGGCAACAGCGUCGGCUCCCAAUUCUGGCAACAGCUCUGCCUCGAACAUGGCAUCAAUAGCGACGGCCACCUCGAGCCCUUCGCGACAGAAGGCGGCGACCGCAAAGACGUCUUCUUCUACCAGUCCGACGACACGCGCUACAUCCCGCGCGCCAUCCUUCUAGACCUCGAACCGCGGGUGUUAGAUGGAAUUAAGUCAGGGCCGUACAAAAAUAUCUACAAUCCGGAGAACUUCUAUGUGCACAAGGGCGGGACGGGGGCGGGGAAUAAUUGGGCGGCCGGGUAUGCGAUGGGCGGGCAGGUGGAGGAGGAGGUGUUGGAUAUGAUUGAGCGGGAGGCGGAUGGAAGUGAUAGUUUGGAGAGGCAGGGCUUCAUGCUGCUCCAUUCAAUUUCUGGCGGUACUGGCUCUGGACUCGGAUCUUUCUUCCUGGAGCGGCUCAACGACCGCUUCCCGAAGAAGCUGAUACAGACAUACUCCGUCUUCGAAGACUCGCAGAACGCUGGAAACGUGGUGGUGCAUCCCUACAACUCCCUACUUGCGCUUCGACGACUGACACAAAAUGCCGACUCCGUGGUCGUUCUCGACAACGGCGCCCUUGCCCGCAUGGCGGCCGAUACCCUUCACAUUCAAGAACCGUCCUUCCAGCAAACGAACCGCCUUGUUAGUACUGUGAUGUCCGCGUCCACCAAUACAUUGCGAUAUCCGGGAUACAUGCACAAUGACUUGGUCGGCAUUGUGGCCAGCCUCAUCCCCACGCCGCGUUGUCACUUCCUGCAGACGAGCUAUACGCCUUUUACGGGAGACAAUGUCGAGGCGGCGAAAACCGUGCGCAAGACAACUGUCCUGGACGUGAUGAGAAGAUUACUACAGCCGAAGAACCAGAUGGUGUCUACGAAGCCAAGCAAAACGAGCUGCUAUAUCUCGAUUCUCAACAUCAUCAUGGGCGAAGCUGACCCUACAGACGUCCACAAAUCCCUCCUCCGGAUCCGCGAACGCAACCUCGCAAACUUCAUCCCCUGGGGCCCCGCAUCCAUCCAAGUUGCCCUCACCCGCACAUCCCCCUACCUCCACCCGCCCUACUCCUCUCGCACCCCACCGCGGGUCUCCGGCCUCAUGUUGGCGAACCACACCGGCAUCGCCACGCUCUUCAAACGCACCAUUUUCCAGUACGAGCGAUUGCGGAAGCGGAACGCUUUUCUUGAGCAGUAUAAACGGGAAGAGCCUUUCCGCGAUGGUUUGGGGGAGUUUGAUGAGGCGAGGGAGGUGGUGGGGGAGCUGGUGAGGGAGUAUGAGGAGGCGGAGAGAGCGGAUUAUUUGAACCCGGGGAAGGGUGAGGAGGCGGAGGCGGGUGCGGAUGGGAGGACGGAUGGUGUUACUGGGAGAUGA